AUGGCCAGGAGCAACGUAACAGAAAUUGCUGGAUUUAUUCUUUUGGGUCUCACUGAUUCACAUGUUAUCCGGCUAUAUCUCUUUGGGAUGUUUUUCCUAAUCUAUCUAUUCACCAUAUUGGGAAACACAACAAUCAUUGUGAUUAUAACCUUAGUAACUCAGCUUUACUCACCUAUGUAUUUUUUUCUCCGGAAUUUGUCUUUUACUGAACUUUGCUAUAUUUCAGUAACCGUCCCACGUAUGCUCAGAGACUUCUUGCAGAGUGAUAAUUUUAUUUCUUUUCUUGGAUGUGCAACUCAACUCUACUUCUUCUGUUUUUUGGGUACUACUGAGUGUUUCCUCCUUGCAACUAUGGCAUAUGAUAGAUACAUAGCCAUCUGUCAACCCCUUCUUUACAUGAGCAUUAUGACUAAGAAACAGUGUUUCAAGCUUUCACUUGGAUGUGUUUUGGCUGCAAUGACUCUUUCUUUGGGACAAAUUACCUUUGUAUUUAGCUUGCCAUUCUGUGGAUUGAACAUAAUUGACCACUUUUUCUGCGAUAUACUUCCUGUAGUUGGGCUUGUGUGUGGUGAUACUUAUGUCAAUGAAAUGGCUAUUUUUAUGUAUGGGUCCUUAGUCAUAGCUUCUCCCUUUGUACUCAUUCUAGUGUCCUAUGUACAAAUUUUGGCUGCUGUAUUUAGAAUAGACUCUACUGUUGGCCGACAUAAGGCCUUUGCCACUUGUGGUUCACACCUAAUGUCUGUCACUUUAUUUUAUGGAACAGCUACUGUUACCUACCUCAGGACAAAGUCUAAUUACACUACUGGUGAAGCUAAGUUAAUGUCACUCCUAUAUAGCAUUUUUAUUCCAAUGCUUAAUCCACUCAUAUACAGUUUAAGAAAUUCUCAGGUUAAGAAUGCUAUUGAAACAUUAUUUGUAAAAUUAAAAGAGAAAAAAAAAUGGACAGCACAAUGA